AUGGUGAGGCCGAUACCGAAGCGGAUCCACAAGGACCACAACAUCUCCGGUUUCUCCGACGUGUGUCUGGCUUAUAUCUUCAACUUCCUGGGCAACCUCGACCUUAAAAGCUGCUCUCUCGUCUGCGGCCACAUAAACGCUGUUCUCGAUCACUCUUCCUCCCUCGAAGAGCUCUCCCUCAUACGUCUUGAUGUUGGUACCAGAAGAAGACCGUCUGCGUCGUCAAGCAGCUGGUCUUAUUCUACAAGUCCGAGUUCGCUGACUAAGAAAAGUAGCUCCACCAAGAGUCUCAGAACCCUGAAGAUCUUCGAAUGCUCAGGGGAUUGUGAUAAGAUCUUGGAAACCGUAGUGGAACGAGUGAAUAGUACUGGUCUGGUUGAGGUCCAUCUGCUGGACGUAUUUCUAGAAACCAACGUCGCCCUUGCUGCAAUCUCUAAUUUCUCAAAUCUGGAGAUCUUGCACAUUGCCUAUACUCGUGGGAUCACCACGAAAGCAGGGCUUGUGUCCAUCUUUGACCAUUGCAUGCUCCUAAAGGAACUCCACAUCCGAAGUCACGGGGAAGAGGACCUUACUGUAAUUACCGAAGGGUGCCCACUCCUUCAGGAGUUGGUUCUCAUUAGUGUCAAUACUAGUUGUUUGAGUUUGAGUUUGCUCGCUGCCAAUUGCAAGAAUCUCAAGCGCUUGGCACUGUACUGGUGUGAUACGUUUGGUGACCCCGAGAUUUCAUGCGUUGCUGCUGAAUGCAUCGCAUUGUAG